AUGGUGGAGAAGGGUGCAGGUGGUAGAAAAGAGGAGGUUGUUACCAGGGAGUACACGAUCAACCUUCACAAGCGUCUUCAUGGCUGCACAUUCAAGAAGAAGGCACCAAAAGCUAUCAAGGAGAUAAGGAAGUUUGCUCAAAAAGCCAUGGGCACUAACGAUGUUAGGGUCGAUGUCAAGCUGAACAAGGCUAUCUGGAGCCAAGGAAUUAGAAGUGUUCCCAGGAGAGUCAGAGUACGCAUUGCGCGCAAGAGGAACGACGAUGAAGAUGCAAAGGAGGAAUUAUACUCCCUUGUUACAGUUGUUGAAAUUCCUAAGGAGGAGCUAAAAGGUUUGGGCACCAAGGUCAUAGAUGAUGAAGAUUGA